CCUGCCUACCCUACUAGCCGCCCGAGGGAGGGCUAGUCCGUCCGUACGAGACACAGAACCGUUCUGGUACUGGUACUGGUACGGGUACGGUGACGGCGUCAGGACGCGUACGGUACGGGGAAUCCGUCUGCCUUUGCCCGGCGUCAACUCGAGAUAAUAAAUAAUCUCCUCCUCCACUGCCCUUUCCCUCUCGCUCCCUCGUUCUCUCUCCUUUUUCCUACGGCUGAGGUCCUGAAGAUUCCGUCUUCUUACUUUCCUUGAUAUCUCCUCCUCCCACCUCACCUCACUUCACCUCACUCCGGGCGAGCCGCUGCCCUCCACCUCUAUAUACUCCACCACGCCGCCUACUGCCACGCACAACGUGACCAGAUCAGAUCAGGCCAGGUCAGGCGCGCGCCUCGCGACCCCAUCACCCAUCACCAUCGCCAUCUCCAUCUCCCAGACGUGUCGUCUCCUCAAGCAAUCUAUCAAUCACCGCCAAAAUGCCCGCCAAACCCAUCCUCCACCCGCUGAAGACGCCCAAGAACAUGACGUUCCCGUCGGAGCUUCGCGAAGACAUCAACGGCAGCAGCAGCAGCCUGUCCGGCGGGGGCAGCAGAAACGACGACGGUCUCUCGACCCCAAUCACCCCGCCAGCCGCCUACACGGAGUUUCUCAAGGCAUUCACGCCGAUCUUCUCGCCGGACGGCAACGGCGGCACCGUCACCCGCUUCGUGUGGGAUAAGACCAACCGCACGCCGACGUCGCAGCCGGCCAGCGCCGUGAGCGGCUCCUUCAGCUUCUCCGACCCGGCAUCAGCAGGGGGAGCAGGGUCAGGGUCAGGGUCAGGGUCAGCAACGGCAGCAGUCCGUCCCGCCACGGCGACGCUGCCCCCGCCGUCGCCGUACGGGUCCAUCCCGCCAGCGCGCCGCGACAUGCUCAGUCUGCGCCGUCUGCGCAUCCCCCCGGCCAUGCGCUACUCGCCUACCCUGGAGACGCCGCGGAGCGCCUCGGCCAUGCUCUCGCCCUACUCGCCGUCGGACUGGAAGCUGCGCUACUGGGAUGGGCCGCGCAGUGCGACGACCAGUCGGGUCAGCGUGCGGCAUGUCGUCACGCACACGGUCACGUACAAGCGGACGCAGCUGGAUGCGCCGCCCAAGGGGAAGCGGAGAAGGCAUAAUGAGGAGAAGGAGGAGUCAUGAGACGGAAGAUUGGGGGGGGGGGGGG